CUUCCUCCUCUUCUUCAUCUUCUUCUCUAGACCAUCGCCCAUCCAACUUGUUACUCACCCUAGGGUGGGGUGUCUUCUCCUAGAAGUUUACCUCUACUCUCUAUUCUCAUUUUUCAUCUUCUGUGUGAAGCGCCCGUACCUACAGCCUCCUACAGCCUCUCACUCUCCCUAAUUUCGGUUGAAGUUCGUACCAUCUCCGUGUCGACAUCACCUUUGCUCCAGCCACCGUCUGUCAAAAUGACGGAGCAUUUAUCGACCGUGAUCCGAGCAAAAUCGGCCGAGAUGUCUGGUCCAUCGGCAUUGAAAAAUGACUCGAUCAAUAUCAUCACUCACGACAUGAAGGCUCUGGUGAAGAAGAUCCAAGAUCUGCGGCACCUCGGUAUUGAAGACAGCCAGAUUGCUCUCCCCAGAAUCUGCGUUAUAGGCGAUCAAAGUGCGGGCAAGAGCUCUCUUAUCGAGGGUAUGAGCGAGAUCAAAGUCCCACGUGCGGCAGGAACCUGUACUCGGUGCCCGAUGGAGAUUAAUCUCACUGAAAGCGAUCCAGACCAACCUUGGACGUGCCGUGUGUACUUAUCAAGGAAAUACUUUUACGACACAAACCAAAGAGUUGAUAAAGUGUCCAAGAAGUCACAUCCUUUCGGUCCUUGGCAUAGUCAGGAUCAAGAGGAUGAGCUGUUUAUUACCUUGAGCGAUAGAGAUGAUGUCGAAGAGGCAAUCCGAUGGGCGCAACUGGCCAUUCUAAACCCAUUGAGACCGACUGCUGAGUAUAUUCCUGGGCAGAAUUGUGACACCGACGAGAAUUAUUGUCAGGCCAAGUUCUCUCCGAAUGUGGUGCGACUCGACAUUUCCGCGCCUGGUUUCCCAAGUUUGUCAUUCUACGAUCUACCUGGUGUCAUAAGCCAGGCCGAGCACGAAAAAGACAGAUAUCUAGUUGCUAUGGUUGAGAAUCUUGUCAAAGAAUAUAUCACUCAGGCAAAUUGCAUUGUGCUGUUGACCUUGCCGAUGACAAAUGAUGCGACUAAUUCUAGUGCUGCUCGCCUCAUGCGGGAGGUGAAAAGUGCCAAAGCGAGAACUUUGGGUGUUCUCACAAAACCCGACCGAAUUCAAUCCGGGGAGUCAUAUGUUCAGUGGCUGGAGAUUUUGGAAGGAGACAAAUUCAAGCUUGGGCACGGCUACUACGUGAUCCGCAACAAUCCAGACCCCACGAUCCAGCAUGCUCAAGCGCGUCGUGAAGAGGAUGCAUUCUUUGCUUCUGAGCCGUGGGCAACAGAACUUGCCGCAUACCAAGAGAAGUUUGGAACCAGAAAGUUGCAGACGGCACUCUCGAGCCUCCUGUUGGAUCAAAUUCAAGGUUGUCUUCCUAAGGUCAUCGAACAGAUUAAAGCCAAAUCUCAACGUAUCGAUGCUGAGCUUCAAACCUUGCCGGAUCCUCCUUCGGCGAACAGUCCAUUCAUUCUGUGUCAAAUGCUGAACAAUUUCAGAGAGCACAUACAGGCACACAUGGACGGCGGCUCAGCUGACUAUCCGCUGCUGAAGAUGUGGGGUCACCUGGCGACCGACUUCAAACAGGUGCUGAUACAGACUCGGCCAACCGUCAGUAUACUCUCUCAGGCCGAGGAGCGUGAGAAAGUGAUGUACAAUCAGAAGGAUGAUGACUCAGAUAGCGAAGUCACUAUAGUCCAUCCCCCGACCCCAACUCCAGGAAAGCGCAAGGCCCUUAACCACGGCGAUACACCAGACACCAAGAGGAGAUUUACCCCGGACUUGGGCAGAAUUAGUUCGGCCUCCCCUUUCGACAAGGUCAGUCGUGAGAUCAAGAAGUUUACCUGGGAAGGGAUUCGCGAAUGCAAUGAAACUGCCUCUCGAGGGUGCCUUCCAGACCAGAUCGAUCCAAAGGCGAUUGAAAUCCUGAACCAGCGGAGCGUGGAACACUGGAAAGCGCCAUUGAUGAUUUUUCUGGAUGAAAGCCAUGCCCUAGUCAAGAAAAUCAUGCUGGAGCAGGUGGAUGAGGUCUUUGUGCAGUAUCAACGGACUAACCUCUAUCGCGAGAUCCGUCGAAUUGUGGAGCAAUACCUGCAGAAGCUUUACCAGCAGCACAUCAGCUGGGCAGAGGAAACUUAUGAGAUGGAACAUAACAAACCUUUUACGAUGAACAGAAUAGCGCUAGAGCAGGCCACAAACCAGGGGUUCAAGGUUCUCGUCAGCGCCCGCAAUGAGCGUCGCUUUGAUCUGCACCAAGACCGGGUUGGCAAGUACUCCAAGGGGGAUAUUCGCCGUGACAACGAAUACAAGAGCAUGAGCCAGAAGCCACAGGAGUUGGAGACAUUACUUGGUCCGGAUCAGUACCUCCCGGAAAUGAGGAUCAUGGCGUAUGCGCGAGGUUACUAUGACGUUGCGAGCUCUCGAUUUGCCGACUUGAUCUGCCAGAGCACCCAUACAAAGCUGUUCUCCAAAUGCCGCGGUCAAUUGAUUGAAGAGGUUCAACGCGAGCUACAUAUCAACGAUCAUGACAUGUUUGAGAGAUGCUGCGAUCUCAUGGCAGAGGAGCCAGAGCGCCAACAUCGCCGACUGGUUCUUCAACGCGAGAAGGAGAAGAUUGUCAAGGCGCAGACAUGGCUGUCGGCUGCCAAGAAGGACGAGCCCGAGGACGUGUAUGACAAUAUGACGGUCAAAUCCCAGCCCCAGGAUGAUUGGGCGCCUUUUGCUUCGAGUAUGGAUACGUCUGUGUGAGAGCGUAUAUGCAGACGAGUGGAUUGGGACUUUUGCUUAGAGCCAGAGACAAGAAAGCUGGGGUGGGAUGAAGGGUGAAAGGCGGGGUACGCGGAUAUAGAGAGAGAGAGAGAGCGCGAUAGAUCCAAACCCCAUCCGCUUGCCCUAAGCCCUAAGCCCUGCCUGCCUUUGAUAAGGAUUGAGGGCGUUGGGUUCAGUGGAUUGUACUGUACAGUACUAGUUUGCAGAUUGAAGAGCUCAGGUAACCAG